AUGGCGGCGCAUGCAGUAGCAAGGAGCUAUGGAAAUCUCUCUUUGAAUGACAUUUUUGGAGAAAGAAAGAAGGCUUCGUUCGAUGAUCAUCUUGCUAAAGAUAUUUCAGCAAACUUUUGGAACGAGGGUCGAUUUGCUGUUCCUCCCGGGACAGACGUAAGUUGUAUUCAAAGAAAUGUUAAAAUUGCUUAGUCACUGCGAAAUGAUGAGUUGUUGUUAAGAUUUUAUUUUCCUCCAAAAGGAUUACCUUUUUUCUUUCUAAUCCUUUUAAUACUGUGGGCCGUUCGCUGUAGUAAAGGAAAAACUUCAGGAAUGGAAAGUCAGACAAAGUUAUUUAAAAUUUUCCACGUGUUUGUGAACAAACGUGUAUGUCAAACAGGCUGUAAUAAAUCGAUGACCUGUUCCCAGCCCAUGUUUUCUAUGAAAAUUUUAAGUUUUCCAGUCUUCCAAGAGCAAUAGUUAGGCACCACUGGCCACUAGGCACCGGGCACUGUUAGAGCACAGCUUUGUUGAUCAUCAAAAUGUAGACAAUAAGUCAAUGUUACUCGAUAUUUGUUGAUACUUGUGAAUCAACAGGGUUAGAAAUUCGUUUUUUUGUCACAAGAUAAAGAUAUCUUGUAGAGAUGACAUCUACAAGCUAAAUGGGCAAGCCACAAGAUUUUAGGUUAAAGCAGAAAAAAUGCACUAUGAAAGUAACUGAUUUAUUGUUAUAGUUACAACAAAAGUUUACAUAGCAGAACCAGGCAUAACAUUAUAAUAUCCAUGUAUGAAUUCUAGUUUUGAUUCAUAUGAUGUUAGUCUCCAUGAUAAAGACAUUUAGUGAGGACCAUGGGACUGGAUGUGAGGGCGUCGAGCUAGCUCCCCUCCAAUAUACCACCUAUGAACUGUAACCCUUGGGUCAAAGUCAGCAGAUUGACUAUACUUACUGUAGAUGAUCUAUCCGUUCUAUCCGUUCUGAUCUAUUCUUUACAAACCUCACACCAAAUCUUGUUAACAACUCUGUCGUCAUUGUGCUCUUUCCCCAACUCGAUUUCAAGCUCCUUCUCCCACUUCCGAACCGUUUUUAACAAAGCUGUUUGCGGAACACCUGAGGCUUUUGUCUUUUUAGGCAUUGGCUCGCUAUUUUCUCCAUUAUUACUGCUUGUAACAGCACCAAAAAACUUUGUAAUGUCUGACAUUUUUCACCAUUUUUGUGAUUUCCUGCGAAUUACACAAAAGCAAGGAACGCCUGGGGAUUCUAAAAGCUAGUACGUUCCUACAGUCAAUAUUAAUUUUGAUGUAAACAACAUGGCGGCCAGCCGAACGCAUUUUCUACUCUUUGCUGCAGUUUGCUGCCUUUUUAAAAGCCCAUUUACCAACAGAGAUUAGGUUGAGACAUUUUGUUAUUUUGAAAUUAAUUUUUCUACACAAUACACGAGGCAGUUGGCUAGAAAAUGCAAGUGAUUUUUGUCCACACUCGAUAAUCGCAAAUUUGGCUCGCAUUUAGUGAGUUAGCUUGUGGGAAUUUCAAACCCUGAUCAACAAGGUUAAUUUGUGGAAAAAAGUUGAUUAACCCAAAAUUUUCAAUUGAUUAUCAAAAUCAUCGACAGAAAUUGAGUCCAAUCAAACUUGUGUUCCAUGAGCUGUUUUGUUUUUUCAGAAUCAAUCAAUAUCAAUAAUCACAAGAAAUGAUUGACUUCUAUCUACCGUAAAUCCUCUAUUAAGCCCACCUUCUCAAAUAUGCCCCCUCCCUCUAAUAAGCCCCCUCUUUUCAGGGGAAGAAAGUUAAUAACCCUCCUCUCUAUUAAGACCCCCCCCUGCACCCCUAAUUAUUCUUCACUAAUAAAAUAAUGAUAGACUGUAUUAAUCAAUCACGACUCUAAAACUUUGUGUGGACUGAUCCAGGAUGGUUUAUUUACCAACUGGAAGUUUCGAUUUGAUUCCGAUCCUCAGCUGCAUGAUCUAAAACUUCGUGUACUUGAGCUUUUUCACUUUGUAUUCUAGUUCUUUAUAGAGAACUGAUACAAUUGUCAUUUUUAAAUUAAAUACGCCUCCCCUAAUCUCAAAUAAGCCCUUUGUCUCUAUUAAGCCCUCCCCUCAAAUGGGCUUGAAAUAAAUAAGCCCCCCAGGGGGCUUAUAUGAGGAUUUACAGUAUUUCUAAUAUUUUUCAGUUGAUCUGUAUUGAAUUCGCUUGACCAUGAUUGAUUUUUAUUGUCCUUCAUGAUUAUUGACAUGUCAUGCCCUGCAUCAAAGUAUUGGUAUUUGUUGUGUUAUUAAACAUUUUUAAGAAAAGGGGUAAAACUUCCACAAAACCACAUACCGUUUUACAACAGAGCCUCCUAUUGUCAUCUUGGGUGAAGGGGAGAGAAGGGAAGAGAAGGAGGCUAUGUCUGAAUGGCAUAAAGCCUUUGAGGUCGCCUCAGCCCAAACUUCUGGACCAGGAAAUCUAAGUUGUUUUCUCUCACUAAACUGUUUUUUCUGGGUGCCCGUCAGGCAAGUUAAGAACAGAAUUCACUUCCCAAUGGCAAAAUCCACUAUCCCAGGCUAUCAGACAUCACUAUCUUUGCACGUCGUGUAACUACUUUAUAACCAACAUAAUUAAAAACUGAAUCAUUGGAUAAUGCAAUUCUAGCAUUUUGAUUGGCUUAGCCAUUAUGGUAUAUGAGCUAUUAUACCAUGCUCUCCAUAUAUGGUCGGUGUACGGGUCAGUUAAAAUUGGAAGCUAGCUGAGAUUUUUUUUCGCGAAGGAUAGAACGGCGCCCGAAGCAAAUUGUUUUAAGUCAUUUCUUAGAAUACUAGAAAUGAGUUUCAUCGAAAGAAAAAAGACAAAAACAAACAAAAAAGCCACAAGAGCUUGUUUGAAAGUUUGUCGAAAAAGACAUGAAAACACAUGGAACUAAAGUACCUUGACCAGCUACGAAAGAAGACAAGUGUUGUUUCUUCAUGAUCGCGAAGCCAUUCGCUAAUCGAGUCACUCGCCAAUAGAUAACUGCGGCUUGUUUAUCCGACAUCAAGAAUAUAAAUCACAAGUAACCAGCCACAAAUACAGGCUAUGCAGCCAUUCAUUAGAGCAAUCCAGGUGGCAGUAUAGCUUCUUUUCUCGUUCAGCAAAACCAGCUUGUGGCUCCAAACAACUUCAUAACAAGUGACCGAGGUAAUAGUUUUUCUCCGUUGUUCUUACUUUUAUAACUGCACCGAAAAUCCAAAUUCACAGUAAUUUCGACGGCCGUCACUUAAAAAUUCUUUUCCUUCACAUUAUCCUCCAGGCUUUUUUAGUUGUUCUGCUGUGUAAAAUCCUAGAGUCCCGAUGAGUUUUUAAAAAACUAAUGUUCAUCGCUACAAUGUUUUGAUUUUUCAUUCAUGCAGUCCAGGCGAGUCCGUUGGCGCGUUGACAGUUUUGAUAGAGGUGUGACAUGUGAAUAGCGGAAGUCCCUUGUCUUUUCCGGUUUGUUCUAGUGGGGGAGAUUCAACAAGAUUUUGUGGGCGUUUUUAGUAAAACAAUUAUUCCACUCGCGCUUGUUGGAUAUGAGAUGAUUAUAGCCAACUCGGCGCUGCGUGUCUCGUUGGCUAUCUAUCAUCUCAUAUCCAACGUGCCCUCGUGGAAUAAUUGUUAAGUAGACUUAUUUCAACAUUAUCUUUCAGCCUGUAGAGUUUUUGAGACCUUUUGCUAAUGGUGAUGGUGAUGUCAAAAUCCAUUUUGACCAUGGGACAACUACCCUGGCUUUCAAAUUUCAACAUGGUGUGAUUGUGGCAGUUGAUUCAAGAGCAACAGCAGGAUCCUAUAUUGGUAGGUCUAUUUUUCUACAGAUUAGUCAGUUAUCUGCUUGUAUAUUACUAACUUAUCUAUAGGUUGUGCAGAUGUCCAAAAUGAAAUGUGGCUAAAUGUGUGGAAGGUAGAGUAUUAAUGUGUAAAUUUUACACAUACAUGUAUUAACUUUUCUUUUAUGCAGCAUCACAGACAGUGAAGAAGGUAAUUGAAAUCAAUCCAUAUCUCCUUGGAACUAUGGCUGGUGGAGCUGCUGACUGUUCCUUCUGGGAAAGACUGCUGGCCAAACAGUGCAGGUUAGUGUAGGUUUCAACUUUCUUUCAGGGAUUGGAAAUUAUACUCACAAUAUUGAAAUAAUUUCACUAUUAUUGUAAAUGUGGGCAAAUCUACAGGCAUGUCCUUGGCCACUGAACAGAUUUAUUACUUUUGCUCUCAUGAAAGGUCUUGUGAUAAAAUGUGAAAAUUUCAAACGUUAAUUUGUAAAAUCCUUGGAAAAAUGAAAUUAAUGCUCAUAGUUUCCAUAGUUAAUACAUAGUUUGAACGGAAGGGAAAUAUAUUUUGAACCAAGGUUACAGUUGAAGAAUCGUGGAAGCUUUGCUAAGGAGUAUCCUGUGGCCUCAGAUGUGAUGGACAUGAAUCCAAUAGCUUCCUUUUUAUCUUUAUGAACUAAAUUGACUGGGUUUUUUUUCUUGAAAAGGUGUGCUUGAAGAGAGGGGAACUUGUUCUUGAUUACAAUACUAGCAUUUUGUUUGUUUGUUUUAGAAUUUAUGAGCUGCGAAACAAGGAGAGAAUAUCAGUGGCAGCUGCUUCAAAACUCCUUGCAAACAUGGUGUACAACUACAAAGGCAUGGGGCUGUCUAUGGUAAGAGCUCUCCCUGGCUUACAAAUUUCUCUGACUUUUUGCUAUCUGACAUUGACGUCGAUUGACACCUCUCCACAAAUGUCAGUGUUCAUAUUGUUGGACAACUUCAUACUACCUAAAUGAAGUACCUAACAGACUUGGUUCAAUCAGCUUAUUAGGGAAUUGCUGCUUUCAGAGGCUAUACUAUUAGCUUAGUUUCCUCCAUUACAUUAGUACUUCUGUUUCUGACUUAGAGCAGUUUAAUUGAAAUGAUUUCCUUUUUUUCAGGGAACUAUGAUAUGUGGCUGGGAUAAAAGAGUGAGUAACUGUUUGUACUGGUAAAUUCAUCUUGAAGUUCCAAAGUUUUCAUCCCUUGACUCUUGGUUCUAAUAUUGUUCUUUUCUGUUAAAUUUGGGUCUGGAAAUCUAUAAUGAGAUUGAAAAAAGUGACACAAAAUUUGAACCAGAGAUAAAACUGAACCACACGUUUUACACUAAUGUUUGGAUCUUUAAGGGUCCAGGGCUGUACUAUGUGGACAGUGAUGGCACACGCUUGUCAAAUGAUAUGUUUUCUGUUGGUUCUGGUUCAACCUAUGCUUAUGGUGUGAUGGACAGUGGCUACAAGUAUGACUUGUCUGUUGAAGAAGCUUAUGAAUUGGGUAAGAGAUCCAUCUACCAUGCCACUCACAGGGAUGCCUACAGUGGAGGAGUUGUCAACUGUAAGUAUGACGUGAAAAUGUACUAACAAGUAGAGGCAAGGCUCAGAUGUAAAAUGAGUUGCCCUACUCCUCCCAACACUCAUGUUACAGGAACAAAUUCUUUCAAUAUUUGGAGCAAAUAGCAUGGUUGUCAGAAAGUUUUGAAGUAGGUGGCUGAGUUGUCAAAGUAAGUGGCCAGUCCACGGAAAUUUUAUUUACAAAAUGCCAUUUGUAAAGAAAUGCCAAGCAGAGUAGCCGGUUGAUACGAACCAAGUAGGUGGUGAUUUUCGCCGGCAGCCAGCUACUUUUGAUAACCCUGCCAAUAGGCAUUAUCAACUGGCAGGUUGCUCAUAGUAUGACCUGUAUAAAGCACUCAUUUUAUGACACAUUUUAGGCAAUUUUUUUUUUCCUUUGCUUGAGCCCCGAAAAGGUUGUACAUCCAACUUCUGCUGGGGAUAGCUUCUCUCCAACGGCUACCAUUGAGUAUAAUUUUCUGGCUCUUUGCAGAUAGGGGCCAAGCCCCGGGUAAGUAAAAUGUAUGGAACAGGAUCCCUUGGCACCCACAGUUAUAUCGGGGUUCCACUGUCUUUUUUUCUUCUAGUAAAUGGCCUAAGCCCGCCUUGGUGACGAUGAGUUCCUCCCUCAUGGAUUUGAAUUCCAUCAAGGGCUUAGACUUUUUUUCGUUGUUCCACGCCCAUAGCAAGACAAAGAUAACAUGUUGCUCAAGCAUUUUACUGUUUUUUAUUACAGUGUAUCACAUGAGGCAAGAUGGCUGGAUAAAAGUUUCUCAAACGGAUGUCGCUAAGCUGCAUUACCAGUACCAAGAAGAGAAGCAAAACUUAUAGACUGAAAAUCUGAACGUUUGCCCGAAUAAGAUAUGUGCUGUAGAAAGGUUCAAUAAAAUUUUUGUGUUGCAUGAUUUUGUCAUAUUCACUCAGUCUAUACUAAGGUGCUAGUUGUCGAAGCGUGUCUGUUUACUGUCACCAUCCGCCUUUUAUAAUUUUAUCCUUUGACGAUUAUUAUUCCACUUUAUUUUAUUUUCGAA